AUGGCUCAUAAGUCGGUAGAGAUAGUCCAGAUUAAUCUGCAUCACAGUAAAAGCGCCUCAGCAGUUCUCUGCAAGACGCUAGCUGGGGUGCAGACAGCCAUAGCCCUAAUUCAAGAACCAUGGUUCGUGAACGGGGUGGUAAAGGGCCUCGGGGGGUGUGGAAAAAUUUUUCACUCGAACACCCAAGGAAAGAAGAUUAGGACCUGUGUGUUAGUAAAAGGCGCACAAGCGACUUUCUUACACCAACAAAGCGGAGAGGACCUCACGGCUGUGAAGCUCAAGGUCCUCACCGGGAAGAACGAGGCCCUGGAAUUCAUAGCGGGAUCAGCAUACCUGCCAUAUGAUUCCAUGGAACCUCCCCCAACAAGGGAGGUCGAAGAUCUCGUCAAAAAAGUGAAGGACGAAAGGCUGGAACUUCUGCUUGGGUGCGAUGCGAACUCACACCAUCUGGGGUGGGGUAGCUCAAAUACCAAUGCUAGAGGAGAAGCCCUAAAUGACUUCAUUAUGGAAAAAGACCUCCAAAUCCUGAACAGAGGGAAAGAACCAACCUUUAUGGACUGCAGAAGACAUGAAGUGUUGGACAUAACCAUCUGCACGGCAGGCAUGGCACGUUGGGUAAAAGACUGGAGGGGGUCGAAAGAACCUUCGGGCUCAGACCACAGCCAAAUACGCCUGUCAUUAACGUGCGAAUCGGAACAGAUCCCUAGGAGAAACCCAAAGGACACAAACUGGGGAAGUUACAGAGAAGAACUCUUCGUGAGGAUCCAAGAUCUACCCUCAAGAUUCAGAAACAAGAGAGACCUGGAACAUGCAGCCAAACGUCUCGGAGAAGUGAUCCUAUGA